AUGACUCUCGCUGCUCCGAAAGUACUCGUUCCUGAGUCGAUUCUCAAGAAGCGUCGCACGCUUCAGCAAGUGAAGGAAAAACGCGCGGCCAAGUCUGUUGCUGACAAGAGCCACCGCAAGAAGGUCCGUCAGAUUGCCUUCAAGAGCGCGGAAAAGUACAUCAAGGAGUACCGUCAGCUUGAAAAGCAGAAUGUGGUUCUGCGUCGCCAGGCUAAGUCCACUGGCAACUUCUUCGUUCCCGCUGAAGCCAAGUUUGCGUUUGUGAUGCGUAUUCGUGGUAUCAUCGGCGUUUCGCCGAAGGUGCGCAAGAUUUUGCAGCUUUUGCGUCUGCGCCAGAUCCAGAACGGCGUGUUUGUGAAGCUGAACAAGGCCACCAUCAACAUGCUGCGUCUGGUCGAGCCUUUCGUCACGUACGGCUACCCGAACCUGAAGGUGACUCGCGAGCUCAUUUACAAGCGAGGAUUCGGCAAAGUCCGUGGCCAGCGUAUCCCGCUGAUGGACAAUGCUAUCAUUGAGAAGUCUCUUGGUCAUGUCGGUAUCAUUUGUAUCGAAGACCUGAUCCAUGAGAUCUUCACCGUGGGUGAGAACUUCAAGCAGGCUGCCAACUUUUUGUGGCCAUUCCAGCUGUCGUCUCCUAACGGAGGGUACACGAAGAAGCUGCUGCACUUCGCAGAGGGCGGUGACGCUGGUAACCGCGGUGCCGAGAUCAACAAGUUCAUCAAGCAGUGUCUGUAG